GAUCUUUCCGAAUUCUUUAAAAAUUCUUUACGAUUCAGAAUACUCUGUAAAAAUGGUUUGCAGGGUUCAUACUGAUUAUGCUGCUGCAUUGUCGCCCAUUUUCCGUAAUCGCGACAUGAAACUACUGGACAAAGCUGUUUGGUGGGUGGAACAUCUGCUGCAGGAGCAGGGCAAAACGGCACACAAGCUAUUGCAAACAAAGGCGACUAAAUUAAAUUGGUUCGUCUAUUAUUCACUGGAUAGUGUGUGUAUUUUGCUUGGCAUUGUCGCGGUUUUUAUUGUCAUUGCUCGUGUGGUUUUGCGACGAUUGCUGGCUAUUUUCAAACAAAGCAAUCCAAAGAAUGCCAAACACUAAAUAAAUCAAAAACUACACGAAUAUCUAUAAUUUGUAUAGCGAAUUUGUAAAUAUGUAUGUCUAUAACUUAUUCUACAGUCCAUAAGUGCAAGUGUGAAUAUUUGAGUCAAUCAGCAAAAACGAAUCUAAAUUUAGUAAAUUUUUUUUUUUGAAGCAAAAAGUGAAAGAGUAAAUAUACUUUAAUAUUCUUAAUUAUAUACAACUAACUUUAUUCCAGAUUUUGAUAUUUUGCAAUGCUUAAGAAAAGAAGUAGUCGCGAGUACCAGGUAUGCACUCAUACAAUUUGUGUGUAAAAUUAUGUGUCCUGAAAUGGAGGUAACAUUAGCAUUUUGACAACCCUCGGCCGCGCUUAGAAAAAAUAACCCUAAUCAGUCCAACUUUGGCGACUCAUAGCAUUUUGCCGCAGGCAUAAUAUUUGAAAACUGAAAUUAGGAAGCGAUAAAAAAAAUUAAAUUAGACCGCCGAAGAAAUAAGAAGGCAGCCUUAAUUUAAUUUAAUUUUUAUUGCUAACAGCAUAACGCUAAGGGCCGUUUU